AUGAUUGACCACGGCUCUGAGACACCUCCAGAUGAAAGAAGCCCUCUUUACAAGACUAUUCUGCGCGUUCAAGCAGAGGUUCGAGAAGAGUUCGAUGCGUGGAAUGCGAAACACGUACAAGAAGUUCUUCUUGGCGACGUACGGCGGCCUCUGCCAGAACCCGCGUCUAGCCGCAAUGUCGAGAUCGAAGAUAUGCUCGGCUUACAUGUCAGCACACGUUUUAGUAGCAGAGGGGAGGUACUGAGACCUCCAUGGCUUGCGCCUAGUGCACCCGUGAAUGUCCAUUACGAUACGAGCGACUGGGAGUUCGAGCCCACCCCUGAGUAUGAAUAUUGCGCACCCUCAAACCGCAACUGCUAUGUCGGCGACGAUUCCUCUGCGCUGCUCUUCGAUCCCUUGAGCGACAAAACGCGACCUAAAGAACACGAAGAAUUCUUGGACAUGCACGACGACUUCGCAUGGACUACACUGGCUGAUCCUGCAGACGAGUUCAUAGUCCUCGAAACUGCUGUUCGCCUGCAAGAGAUGCAUGAUGGGCUAUCGCUGCAGGAUAUCCACGAGGAGAAGGUUCUCUCUCCUCCGCUAUUCGACCACAAGACUAUAUGUGGUAUCUUCAGUCAUGGCAAAAACAGGGACUAUCCCGAGUGGAACCGGCCUAGCCCGGUGCGCAUCUUCGACCGACCAGAGAACCAAUCAACGAGCACAAGCAUACCUCGAUGUCCGCAUCGCGGUUGCGUUGCAUCCUUUCCGUGCACUCUUCAUGAUCCAAAAUCUUCGCGGAAGAUCGUCGCACAGAGUUCAAAACCUGUGCUUGACUUACAUACUCUCCGACAACAAAACGAGCCCUGCGGAGAUAAUUGCGGCCUCGCUCAGGGCGUAAAAUGGAAUGUUCAGGAGCCCUGGCCGGAGUCUGACGAGGAAGUGCUUCGUGACGCGCUGAUGCAGCAACCGGCACUGCUCCCUUGUCUAUACGCGGCUAUGUGGGGCGUCCCUUGUAAUGAGGUAUUUACUCUCCGUGAGAAGAUAUUGCCCCAAGUGUAUCCCGACCUCGACGAACAACCAUCACGCCCAACUACGAAGCGGCGCAACAAGAAGAAGAAACCCGUUACGGAGCUUCGAAACGCACCCCACGCGCCGUGCUCUCACGACGGUCCUUGUACGUCGAACGUGUGCGCAUGCUAUAAGGCAUCCGGCUUCUGCGAGCGCGACUGUAGGUGUUCUGAAGCAUGUGACCGACGAUGGCGAGGCUGUACCUGCGCGAAGGGUUCGGGCGCUGCAUGCGUCAGGAGGACAUGUAGAUGCGUCGCCGCGAAUCGUGAAUGCGAUCCCGACGCGUGCGGGCAGUGUGGCGCCAGCGAUGCGGAGGAGCAGAGCUGUGGCAACGUCUCUUUGCAACGCCGCUCAUGGAAGAAACUCGAAGUUCGCCAAGCGACUUGGGGAUACGGUGCAUUCCUGCUUGAGCCGGCGAAGAAGGGUGAAUUAGUGAUUGAGUAUGUCGGCGAGAUCAUAGCGCAGCCCACCGUCGAUUCACGAGAAUACGUGGCUAGAGAACGAGAGCGACACUAUCUAUAUAACCUGAACAACGUAUUCACACUCGAUGCGUCCUAUGCAAGCAACGUUGCGCGCUACAUCAACCACAAUAGCAAGCAGGUGAACUGUCAGGCUCGAGUACGUCUAGUAGGAGGCGAACAACGGAUCGCUAUCGUAGCCGAUAGGAAUCUUGAGGUCGGUGAGGAGUUGUUCCUCAACUACGGAAAAGAAUUUCCUAUCCCCGGCGAAAGUCCCGAAUAG